GGCCUGUGCUUGUCUUCCAGCAGUGAUGAGGAAUUUGAGCCAUUUUUAGCCAGAAUGAAAACUCCCAAAAGUGUUCCUAAAAAGGCAGAUGCAAGUUUGAAAGACUUCAUUGAUGACUCAGAUGAUUUCUUCUUGGACUUUAAAGCGAGAAAGAGCACAAAAAAGAAUGCACCAAAGGAUCUUCAGACCCCCAGGAAGUUGAUGAGUUCUGGAAAGAAAAGCACUUGCUGCCAAGAAUUGCAUUAUGGAGAGAGUUCAAGUGACACUGAGGAUUCUGUCUUUGUAGAAAGUCCUUGGCUUGACCACCAAAAAGGGGGAGUAAAAGACUGGAAAGAGAGUCAGAGGUGCACAAAACUUUCACCUCCACAAAAUCUGAAAGAGUCAGUUUCCAAAGGCAGUCCAGAUUUGCCUGUUAGAAGGAAAGAAAGAAGCUGUGAGAAGAGCACAGAAAAUAAAUUGCCCACUGUGGCAGUAGAGUCAGACAGCUCAGAUGACAGCUUUGAAUCAUUAAUGGAACGGGUAAAGAAGCGAAGUCUGCCCCAAAAACCAGUCUUAGGCACAAAUAAAACCAUCUAUCAGCCCAGUUCAGCAGAAAACAUCAAGCCACCCUGCAAAGAUGCACAGCCUUUGAAAGGGGAGGGAGUCAAGAUACCAAGGCCAAACUCCACUUCAGUUGCAGAAAUAUCUUCCAAGACAAGGACUCCUGCAAGAAUUCCUGGGAAUGAAUUGGUCAGUUGCUCACAAUCAGCAAAGACAGAUAGAAGGCUCAGGGUAUGCUCAGUGCCUGAUUGUUUCUUGCAAGAUCUUUCAAAUCCCACUUCCCACUACGUGAAGUAUUUCAAGAAGAAUAAAGAGGAGCUGGCACAGAAGCUCUACAGACUGUUUAACAGCACCAUCUUUGAUCAGAAGUUACCAGAGACAAUGGAGAUAAUCUGGAAUAAGAAGAUGAGAAAAACAGCAGGAUAUUGUGUGACAGGGCAGACAGGUCCUCAACAAAAGCGUUACGCUCGCAUAGAACUUUCUGAGAAAGUCUGUGACUCUGUAGAUCGCCUUCGGGACACGCUGAUCCACGAGGUUUGCCACGCGGCCACCUGGCUCAUCAACGGUGUUCGUGACGGACACGGGCGGUUCUGGAGGUUCUAUGCCAACAAAUCAGCUGUAAUUCAUCCAGAGCUGCCAGUAGUAACACGGUGCCACAGCUACGAGAUCAACUGCAAAUUCACCUACGAGUGUGCUCAGUGCAAAGCUAAGAUCGGCCGGCACUCCAAGUCCCUGGACACGGAGCGGUUCGUGUGCGCGUUCUGCGGGGGGCGGCUGGCCCUCAGCCAGCCCCCGGGCAAGGGGGGCACUCCUGCCAGGACACAGCUCACACCCUUUGCCAAGUAUGUGAAGGAAAACUACGGACUGGCCAAGAGAGAGCAGCAGGGGCUGAGCCAUGCAGAGGUCAUGAGGAAACUCGGUGCUGAUUUCGCUUUGAAAACCAGGCUUGAUGAUUCCUUUUAAUAUCUCAAUAGAUUUCCUUACUUGAUGCCACUUAAAUUUUGUAUAUAGAGUAGUAGAUGAGUCUAACGUGAGUCUAAGAAUUGUUUCAGAGGAUUCCAGAUAAUUGUAAUAUUUUAGUGCUAAGUACUUCUAAUAAAGACCUUAAGGCCUUUUCUAAAAUGGGCAAGAGUGAGCAAAAAUGAUGACAGCUAGUCCAGGGUGAUGCACAAGUCAGGCAUCCUUAGACUUCAGAGGAACACCACCUGUGCCUGGGAAGAUGCAGUUCCAGUUUCCCCCUUUGGGACUGGAUGUUUGGCUGGAAUUUUCUGAGCAGCACUUGCCCAUAGUGCUCCACAGCAUGUCUUCAGUGACUCCAGUGAGCAAUGGAUUUACUCUUCCAUCUGGGUACCUGAUAUGCUGUAGGCUCUGUGUAUAUGCUGAGAAACUGCUGGGUGUGCAUCUGUCUGGGAUUGCCAGGUGAAAGAAAGUCUAGGCCCACCAGCCCUCUGAUUCUAUCUGAAUGACUUCCAGGCAGGAAAAGGGGCAGACCAGAGUUGGGCUUCAACAUGGGUUCAGAUAUUCUCCCAUGUGG